CAGCAUGAGGUCGGUCAGUCAGGACUGUUGCAAUAUACGGCUGGGUUCAGUCGUCGAGUCCAGAAAGGGUCUCUUCAUACGCUGUCGCUAGCCGUGUAGAUUUACCAUGAACAAACCUCGAGGAAAUGCAAAGAGGCCACAUCAAUCAUCAUGUUGAGUUGACGCACUUCGCUUUGGCGACGACUGCCACGAGCAACUGUAUUCACACUGCGGAACGGAAAGCCGGAACUCAAUUUUUAAAACUGCACAUUGUCUGACAAUUUCUCGAGAUCUGUUCUUGGUGGUCUACUAUCAACACUGAGAUAAACUCGAGGAGCUGCCGCUAAAGGCGUACCUUAUGUAGCCUUUUCGAAUCUUUCCAAGAAAUACAUGUAGCAUAGUACCAGGGUCGGCUACAGCAGUCGAAAGAUAGGUAGAGUCUACGCUUCCUGAACACUAAAAGCGGAGUCGAUCUGCCUUUGCUGCCUUUGCUGCCAAUGCUGGGUGCCGCGAGAUGGAACGGGACACAUACAUGUACCUGAGGCUAACAGCCAUGGUUGUCCUGUGCGUCGCCACGCUCCCGCACGACAGUCACUGCCAGGACGAGCCGGAACUGAAGCUGCCCGAUCCUUUCGAUGCUGACAGUGGGCAGGAAGAAGAAGAGCAUGGAGCUUCGACCCAUGACGAUGAUGGAUUGACUACGUCAAAUGUCACUAAAAAUGGUACUACCAGUACCUGUGCCUCGAGCCCGUGUCAGAAUGGUGGGACAUGCAGUACUGGUAUGGACGGGUUGUCGACAUGCGACUGCACCUCUAACUAUAUCGGAAAGUUUUGCCAAAACAUAAACAAAUGUGUCGUGCCUCACGCCAGAUGUACCAGCUUGGGACCGCACAGCAUGUGCACGAAUGAGCGAAACAACCAAACGGGCGAGGAAUUCACUUGCGGAUGUUUGCCAGGUUACAGUACGUCUGACGACAGCGCCACCGUAUCCGGACAUGCCGCUUCAGAAUACUGUGAGAAUGUGAACGAAUGUCACGAAACGGGAUCCCUAGCGGCACGGUGCGAUGCGAAUGCAGUGUGUCUUGACACUCCGGGUGCAUACAGCUGCGUGUGUAAGAGCGGAUUCAGUGGAGACGGCAUCGUGUGCUCAGAUAUGGAUGAGUGUGAAAGGCACCCUCCGUACUGUGGUCCCUACGCUACAUGCCAGAACACUGAGGGCAGCUACGUGUGCCAUUGUUCGGCCGGGGCUGAAAUGCAGGAUGGCGACUGCGGAGAUCGGAACGAAUGCGCCGGCAGACACCGUGGCCACUUCUGCGACAUCCAUGCCCGGUGUGUGGAUCUGGUAUUGAGCUACAGGUGCGACGGCUGCUUGCCGGGAUUCAGCGGAAACGGGAGUGCUGGUUUCUGCCAGAAGAUCGCGGAAUGUGCUACGGAGGAGCUGGCUGACUGCACCGUGGCACAGGGCGGACUGUGCUUCGACACUGAGGGCAGUCACGGAUGCCACUGUCUGCCUGGUUUCCAGAAUGACGGCCCUAACCGAUGCGUGGACGAGGACGAAUGUGAACAAACUGCGUCAACACGAUCGGGACUUUCCAAUGCGAAUGCAAACCUGGAUAUACCGGGGCAAGGUGCAACCGGGCGUGCCCAAUCGGGUACAUAA